UCCAGAUCAGGUAUAACAUAGAAAAACAUUCUAGUAACUUAAGUUUCACCAUUGCUGUUACAUUACAACCUUUUUUUUUUUCUUUCAGUUAUAUGUAACAGUCACAACUACAGGAAUUUUAUAACAUCAAAAGAUUAUUAUGAAUAUGAUGAUUAUGAUUUUGGUGUCUCAUGCUUUUCUUCUCUCACAUUGAACCAGACCCCACCAUUUUCUCUCCUUUCUCUCUCUCUGUAAAGUGUCAGAGGGAUGUUGGAGAAAACCAUGAAGAUAUCUAGUACGAUGUUUCAUGACAAGCACCAUCAUAAUCAUAGCAAAAGAGAGAGGUUUCUGGGUUUGCCUUUUGUCUUCUCCUCUCUCUUAGUGGCUUCAAUUUUCUGUCUGUUCUUCCUCAACUAUCCCAACCCUUCAAACCUCAUACCCCAACAAGGCAUUCACCUCUUUGAAAAUUUCUCACAAAACCAAGAAUAUCCCAUCAUCACAACACAGACAUCAUCAUCAUCAUCAUCAUCAUCCCAACCACCAACGGAACAGAAACCAUGUGACCUUUUUAAGGGUCACUGGGUGCAAGCAUUGGGAGGUUCAUCAACCUAUUACACCAAUUCAAGCUGCCUUUCAAUCCCUGAUGGCAAAAACUGUUUCAGGCAUGGCAGAAAGGACAGUGAUUUUCUGAAUUGGAGAUGGAAACCUGAUGAAUGUGAGCUUCCAAGGUUUGAUCCCAAAACCUUCUUUCAGAUUGUUCAUGGCAAAACAAUGGCUUUCAUUGGUGACUCUGUCGCUAGAAACCACGUCGAAUCGCUUCUAUGCCUCUUGUCACAGGAAGAAGUUCCAAAGGACAUGUACAAGGACUCAGAAGACAGGUUCCGAAAAUGGUAUUUCCCCAUGCACAACUUCAGUCUGAUGAUGCUGUGGAGCAGGUUCCUGGUAGUGGGCGAGGAGAGAAUGGUAAACGGCACGGGCACGAGCGUGUUCGACUUGCAGCUGGACAAGGUAGACAGCGACUGGGCCAAAGAGCUUCCGUACUUAGAUUACGCAGUGAUCUCAUCCGGGCACUGGUUUUUCAGAGGGAUGCGUCUGCACGAAGGUGGAAAAGAAGUAGGGUGCGUGUACUGCGACGAACCGAACGUGACAAGGUACAACGUGGACUUCCCUUUGAGAAAAGCAAUGAGAACAGCGUUUAGGUAUAUCAGUGAGUGCAAGGAGUGCAGAAGGAGGAGGAUGGUGACGGUGAUGAGGACAUUUGCAGCAGCGCACUUUGAGAAUGGGUAUUGGAACACCGGAGGGUACUGUAACAGGACAGGUCCGAUGAGUGAGAGUGAGGUGGAUUUUGGGAAGUUUGAAUGGGAAGUGAGGAAUGUUCAGAUGGAGGAGUUUGAGAGAGGAAGGAAAAAUGGUGGUAGGUUUGAGGUGGUGGAUGUUUCAAGAGCCAUGCUUAUGAGAGCAGAUGGCCAUCCUGGAGAGCAUUGGGGGAACAAAUGGAUGAAGGGUUACAAUGAUUGCACUCAUUGGUGCAUGCCAGGGCCUGUUGAUAUGUGGAGUGAGUUGCUUCUUGCUGUGCUCAGAAAAGCUUCUGCUUUUCAUCAUUCUAUUUAGUUCAAACUUUUCAUCAUAGAUGCAUACACAAACCAUAGAUUUUGUUUUAUAGAUUCUUUUCUUUUUGGUAUACAAUAAUGAUGGUAGUGUAGUUCUGAAAUCUGGUUGAAGUUGCAGCGAUUUUGAUUCUGGAAGCUAGCUGUGUUAGCAGAGGAUAUACAGAGUGGGCUAAU